GCUAACUUUUCUUUACACACGUGUGCUUAAUUGAAUGUCUUAAAGGCAGCCAAUGACAAAAAGGUGGGCGAGAUCAGUGCUCCCUCCUUCUCUGACUCUCCUUGUCCUCAGUUUUUCUGGUUAGGCAUGAGGUUCCCCUAAAACAUGUCUGUAAUAACCCAAACAAAUGUCUUUUAUUAAGAAUAUUCUGCACCCUUAAUAGUACUUUUAGACACCGAGCAGACAUUAACCUGCUCAACCCGCAAGUCAGGAUAACAAUGACCUCCUUUCUGUUUAAUUGAAUGCUGAGGGCUGGGUUCUUUGGGUGGAGCCGCCAUCCCACACACACACACUCACACUCACACUCACACUCACACUCACACUCACACACACACACACACACACUCUGGAUCACCCAAUGCUAAGAGAAAGCCUGGUGAGAUAUGACUAGAGAGCAAGUGAAGCUCUGUCUGGCCUCCAGUGGAAUGAGUCCAUGCACAUCGGCCCAAUGAUUCAUUGAACAUAUAGCUUUUAUUGAACAUAUAGCUUUUAUUGAACAUGUAGCUUUCACAGAGACUAAAGAAAGCAACGUGAACAUGCACGCAGUUGUUGUUUCCAGUCUUUUACCCGCCUCGUUCUGUCAUUGCUACAUAAAGCCACUUUACCCAAUCGACUCCCAACAAAUUGUAUACGAGGUCACUGUUUCCCCAUAUUACAUCACUGGACUUUAAUGCAUUAUUCCUUCCUCAACCUGACAAGAUUUUUUCGAGAGUCAAAGUUUCAGUUCAGCAGUCUUGAAACGUGUGAGGUCGUGUUCAGAAGAACAGAACUGUUUAUCGCCAAGUACGUUACACAUGCGAGGAACUCGCUGCAGCUUAUAAACUCCUUCCUCGUAGUGUUAUAAGUCAUUAUAUAGUGUUAUAUGGUCUCAAAUAGAACUUUAAAGUCACGACUCUAUAACCCAAGCUGGACUUUGAUCGUAUUCAUCGUCUCACCAGAUCCUGAAACAACAAAACUGGGAAGACAGGUACUUUUGUACAGACAGAUGAGUCUUUUGUUUAUCUUUGUUAUAGUUGUAGUAGUUAAGAGCACCAAGAAGGACAACCUCUCUGCAGGUGAAGGCGUAAUCAAAUAAUAAUAUUUCACACAAUUUAUUGGGCUUCACAGUCCAAAUGUUAAUUAUAACCAGGACACGCCUCCCCCCUCUGGUGUCACCUGAAGAGCUGUCAGACCGGGAAGUGUCAAGUUCAUUCCAGUGAACCCGCGGCACACAGCAUGGGAAUGCACUGCCCACGUGAACGCGGCCCGCUUGUCCUUCUGCUUCUGAAGUUUGACCGCGUCGUUCCCCCUGCUGCUCGACGCCGGCCACAAAGCAGACCUCUGAUGUUACGAGUUCCACAGUUUGGAGAGAUUAGCCUUGUGUUUGGCUCUGCAGGGAUUAAUGUAAAGAUUAAAGCAAAAGACACAUUAGAGGCAGGAGAUCCUGAAUAUGUGUCUUUCCAGAAUAACCACUCAAGAGAUGGAUACCCUUUUUUAAAUGUUAUAGAAACUGUGAAAAAGAGCAGUUUAAAAUACACGUGUUUAGUACGACGGUGGAUUAUUACAGUCCGUGGCACAAACACCCUCUUUGACGACUUGUGACUUUUUUUUAAAAACUCCUACUGUGAUGACUUUUAAGCUAAAGGACCGAGAGCGAUAAUGUGGAUUAUGGCCAUAACUUCACAGUGAAACACUGUUGGAAUUUGAAAUAUGUGUGGAAAGCUGUAGAAGAAGGCAACUUCAUAAAGCUGCCGCUGCACAAACGAUAAGAAAAUGGAAAAACUAUAAUAGGCUGAGUGAAAAAUGGGUUUAACUGGUCAAAUGAGACCUCAAUCUUAUUUGUUUUACAUUUAUUUUGUCAGACUUAUCUGAGAGUUCAUAAGUUUGUAGGUUUUUUUUUUUUUUACAAGUGACCUCAGCUGGCCUGAUGGUGGCACCAGAGGAACUUGUUUCGAGUGAGCACACAGACCCAAUGUUGUACCCCAAUUUGAAAAGCAUUACUGGAUAGUUUCAAAUAUGAUUCACCAUUUUGACAGAGAAUGUAGCUGCUAACACUGCGAUUGGAGGUGGAAGUGCACAUUGUAGAAGGAAACCUUGUGUAGAUAAGUGACACACUAUUUUGCCUUUUCAUCAGAAGCAAGAAACUGUUGACACAUUUUUCUUGGUAAAGCAUUACUGACCCAAAAAUGUGAGUUUGCCUCUUGGACUGAUGGUUGUGCAAGAUGGAUCGUUUGUAUUGAUCUCAAAGUCUAUACCUGCAUUUCACUGUUUUAAAAAAAAAACAUUUUAUAUAAACAUGUGAAGGAUUGUAAUGCUAUCAGAGAGACCGUGUGACAGACCCGUUUGCCACCAUCAUGCCUGGUAACCAGCCAGUCCACAUACAGAAGCGUCUCCCCACUUAAUAUUCUGAAUAUUGAGAGUGCAACGGUUCAUUUUAAAUGCGCAAAAAGUAAGUCGUAGUAAAUGAGAAUUGGCCUUUUUUGUAUAGCACGUGACGUGAAUGAGGCGGUUUCCUCGGAGCCACUCGAAGCGGUUGCUCAGCAGCACAACUACAACACAGCAAAAGCAGGUUUUUUGUUAUGUGACAACAACAGAUGUGGCAACGACAGACGGGAGAUAGCUGAGCGACCACACGGGCCUACAUGACAACGGCGUGUAUCGAGUUGAGAUCUUUUGCAUGAAAAGAUCAAGCGUAUUGUUACACCCCUACUGGGUGUUUGAAUGUUUGUAGAGCUACAUUAUUGGUAAUAAUGCAUCUGCCACAAAUUUGGAAAUGUAUUCACUGCUUCGGAACACUGUGAUGAGCAUUUUUUCCCCCUAAUUCAACGACAUUUUAUAGUACAUUUUUUUUAUUUUUAUUAUGUUAUUUUCAUUAUCGAUCAAUCCACGUCUUAUUUUGUUAAAUUAAUCGUUUGGUCUGUAAUGUCAGAAAAAGAUGAAAAAUGCCGACCAGCACUCCAGAAACCAGUUAAACCAUUACAAAAAACACUAAUAUUCACACGUAAAUAGCUCAAACCAGUGGAUUUAUGCUGUAAAUGACAUUUAAUAGAUCAUCAGAAUUGCAGAGUUACAUUUUUUGCAGUGUUUAAAAAAAAAAUAAUAUUCGAUUGUAUUGACUAUAAUAUGGUUGGUAAUGAACACAGCCCACUACACUUCCACAUAGCAUGUGUUACGUCAUCAUUUCAUCAGCACCACGUGUAUUUAUGAGGAUCCAGCUUUUUCUUUUCACUGUCGUUUUUUUAAAUUUUUAAAUUUUUAAAAAUAAUAAUAAAGGUGAAACUGGGUGGGCUGCAUUUAUUUUAUUUUUCUCACACUUCAUCAUGCUCCCUCAGUUGAUUUGAACGUCAUCUCUGAUCACGUGACGAGCUGCUCACAAAGUAGAUCUGCAUCUCAAAAACGCCACAUGCAUUGAUCUAAACCGGGUUUUUUAUUUUUUUAUUUUUCUAAAGCACGCGGGGCGAUCAAUGUAAUUUGGGUGUACUGAAAUAGCCCACCAUACGGAGCACGGGCAGCCAGCCCCAUCAGUCACGUGGUACAGGGUGCAGCGACGUCAUUAGGGCAGAGAUUUGUGAAGAAUAAGCAGACAGAAGGAAGGAGACCCGGAGGCGCGGCUCUCUCUCUCUCUCUCUCUCUCUCCUUUCUCUCUCUCUCUCUCAGCCUUUUGCAAUCGUUCCUGUUGGGUUGUGUUUUUUUUUUUUUUUUUCCCCUUCCUUUCCUGGCCAGCGAGAGAACAGAGUAUCUGUUCCACAUUUCUAGACACCCAAAUGCCCGGUCCCACCCAAGCCCUUUCCCCAAAUGGAGAGAAUAACAACGACAUCGACCCGGACAACGGAACCAACAUCAUUCCUUACAGGAAAAACACAGUGCGGGGAGAGCGCGCCUACAGUUGGGGGAUGGCGGUCAACGUAUAUUCUACCUCAAUAACCCAGGAGACUAUGAGCAGGCAUGACAUCACUGCCUGGGUUAACGAUAUCCUCUGCCUAAACUACACGAAAGUGGAGCAGCUCUCCUCAGGAGCCGCGUAUUGCCAGUUCAUGGAUCUGCUCUUCCCCGGCUGCAUCAGUCUUAAGAAGGUCAAGUUUCAAGCCAAGCUGGAGCACGAGUACAUUCACAAUUUCAAACUGUUGCAGGCUUCCUUCAAACGGAUGAAUGUGGACAAGAUCAUCCCCGUCGAGAAACUGGUUAAAGGCAGAUUUCAGGACAAUCUCGAUUUCAUCCAGUGGUUUAAGAAGUUCUUCGAUGCCAAUUACGACGGCAAAGAGUACGACCCGAUGGCAGCCAGACAGGGUCAGGAUGCCAUCCCCCCACCUGACCCCGGUGAGCAGAUCUUCAACCUGCCAAAGAAGUCCCACCAUGCAGCCAGCUCCCCGACGGCAGGAGCGUCGCGGUCGAGCUCUACAACUCCCAAGAUCGCGACGCCGACGUCCAGACCUUCGUCAGCCAAAAAGAUCCCUGCGAUGGCGACACUGAUUCCUGCCAAAGGGGAGAAAGAACUGGAAGCGCAGGUCACGCAUCUCACCGAGCAGAUGAACACAUUAAAGUCAGCACUGGAGGGCGUGGAGAAGGAGAGGGACUACUACUUCAGCAAGCUGCGGGAGGUGGAGGUGCUGUGCCAGGAUCAGGGUGAAGAGAGUGCCCUGUUUGUCGAUCAGCUGAUGGAGGUCCUUUACGCUUCAGACGAGCAGGAGGGAGCGGAGCUGGCUGAGGGCGACGGACAGGAAGUGGAGCAGCAAGCCCAUGAGGAGGCGCCAAAUGAUCAGCAGGAGGAGCAGGAUGAAUACUGACUGCCGUCAUCGCUCGCCGCGGUUACGCCCUUCUUUUUAAAUAUACUUGGCGGUGACGAUCCUCCACCGGCAGAACGAGCUCCGACCGUCACUGAGGUUUCUAAAGGACCGCGAGGGGCGGAGAGGCGGUUCGAAUCCCACAGUAGACGUGAUGAAACGCUGAAGUUUAGACGGGUAGCUGUUACCCGUCGGUGCAAGUGUUACCUUCCCAGCUUCUUCCCUUUCCCUUUUUUAAAUUUUUUUAUUUUGCAUAUCGACAAUAAUAAUCACAAGAACGCAAUAAGCAAAGCCCUGAAAGGGCUCGUAGUAGCUCUUAUUUAACCUCCUUUCAUAUGUUGCACUGACAUUUGACUCUGUAUAGGACAAUCUGUCCAUAGACCCCCCUCACCAUAUUUAUUGUUAUUAAUCCUUUAGGAAUAGUGCGAGAUUCUGCAUUGCGUCCUCAUGAAGGAGGACACUACAGUCAGUGAAUUGUGAAUAAAAUGUAGUAUAAUGCCAAGUUCUGACUGUUGGACAACCGUCCUCCACAAAUUUUCAUGAUUUCAGAUAAUCAGUGUGCUCAAUGAUGUGUUCUUCACACCAUACGAGGCAGUUUGGUAAUAGAGUUAACCUGGUUAUGCCAUAAACGUUAUUCUGGACUAGUUUUGUUACGAUGCAGCAUUUAAAAAAAAAAAAAAAAAAGUUUUUAAACCUCAGCUGAAACUUGUGGUCUGUUCAGAUUUCAGAUUUUUUUUGUGUUCUUUUUUUUAAACCACAGGUCUUAGGGAGAGUCGGUUCACUGAGUAAUUGCCAUGCUAUAUUCCAGUUAGUACAUCGUAUUCCCCUUUCUUAAUAUUGCAUUUACUAAUAUUGAACUGGGCAGUGCACCAUAAUGCUUUAGUUAUAUAUAUAUUAUUGUGUAAAUGAAAAAAGAAUGUAAACAUGUACUGUCAAUAAUUAAUGAAUGGUAAAUGUUUUUUUUGUUUUUUUCAAGU